GGAGGGGUUUCCUGCGAUGACAAUUUUGUUAAAGUCGUAAAAAGUUUUGCUAGUCUGAUUCUGUUUGACAUCAUCAGCCGGGCUGGGGCAGGAACCGCGGAGGCUGCCGCUGCUGAGCCGGGAGAGGUCCCAGGCGGAGUGUCUGGGAGAGACGGGGAGGUCCGGCUGAGCGCGUCGGCUCCGCGCUCUCCUCCCCAAAGCGCGGCCUUUUGCGUGUUUGUUCGGGCUGUAGCUGCGCAUCGGCACCAGCGGAUCUGGGGUCAGUAGUGUCACAACCACCGGUCCCUAUGAACCAGAGUAGGUGAACUUUGUGGCAAGCCGACCCCAUCCAGCCUCAGACACACUCGGAGUUAUGAAAUCAACCAGGCUCAAAAGUUUUGACAGAACUGCCUGAAGCGUGAGGGCUGCAGGUCCUUCAGGUAUGGAUCUCUGGCAGCUGCUGUUGACCUUGGCACUGGCAGGCUCGAAUGAUGCUUUUUCUGGGAGUGAGGACACAACAGCUCUUCUUGGCAGAGAAUCCCAGAGUCUGCAAAGAGUUAAUCCAGCCCUAGGGACAAAUUCUUCUGGGAAGCCUAAAUUCACCAAGUGCCGUUCACCUGAACUAGAGACUUUCUCAUGCCACUGGACAGAUGAGGUUCACCAUGGUUUAAAGCACCCAGGAUCUGUACAGCUGUUCUAUAUUAGAAGGAGCACUCAAGAAUGGACCCAAGAAUGGAAAGAAUGCCCCGAUUAUGUCUCCGCUGGAGAAAACAGCUGUUACUUUAAUUCGUCAUAUACCUCCAUUUGGAUACCUUACUGUAUCAAGCUAACUAGCAAUGGUGGUACAGUGGAUCAGAAGUGUUUCUCUGUUGAGGAAAUAGUGCAACCAGAUCCACCCAUUGGCCUCAACUGGACUUUACUGAACAUCAGUUUAACCGGGAUUCAUGCAGAUAUCCAAGUGAGAUGGGAACCACCACCCAAUGCGGAUGUUCAAAAAGGAUGGAUAGUUCUGGAGUAUGAACUUCAAUACAAAGAAGUAAAUGAAACUCAAUGGAAAAUGAUGGACCCUGUCUUGUCAACAUCAGUUCCAGUAUACUCGUUGAGACUGGAUAAAGAAUAUGAAGUGCGUGUGAGAUCCAGACAACGAAACUCUGAAAAAUAUGGCGAGUUCAGUGAGAUGCUCUAUGUAGCACUUCCUCAAAUGAGCCCAUAUGCAUGUGAAGAAGAUUUCCAGCUUCCGUGGUUCUUAAUUAUUAUCUUUGGACUAUUUGGGCUAAUGAUCAUUCUAUUUGUAAUUGUAUUUUCUAAACAACAAAGGAUUAAGAUGCUGAUUCUACCCCCAGUUCCAGUUCCAAAGAUUAAAGGAAUAGAUCCAGAUCUCCUCAAGGAAGGAAAAUUAGAGGAGGUAAACACAAUUUUAGCCAUUCAUGAUAACUAUAAACCUGAAUUCUACAAUGAUGACUCUUGGGUUGAAUUUAUUGAGCUAGACAUUGAUGACCCCGAUGAAAAGGCUGAAGGAUCAGACACAGACAGACUUCUAAGCAAUGACCAUCAUAAAUCACUUAAUAUCCUAGGGGCGAAGGAUGAUGACUCUGGACGUACCAGCUGUUAUGAACCUGACAUUCUGGAGACUGAUUUCAAUGCCAGUGACAUGUGUGAUGGUACCUCAGAGUUUGCUCAGCCACAGAGAUUAAAAGGGGAAGCAGAUCUCGUGUGCCUUGACCAGAAGAAUCAAAAUAAUCCACCUUACUCUGACGCUUCCCCUGCUACUCAGCAGCCCAGUGUUGUGCUAGCAGAGGAAAUCAAACCACGACCAUGUCUUGUUGGAACUGAGUCAACUCAUCAAGCUGCCCAUAGUCAGCUAAGCAAUCCAAGUUCACUGGCAAACAUUGACUUUUAUGCCCAGGUGAGCGACAUCACACCAGCAGGGAGUGUGGUCCUUUCUCCGGGCCAAAAGAAUAAGGCAGGGAUAUCCCAGUGUGAUGGGCAUCCAGAAGUGGUCUCACUCUGCCAAGCAAAUUUCAUCAUGGACAACGCCUACUUCUGUGAGGCAGAUGCCAAAAAGUGCAUCGCAGUGGCCCCUCACAUUGAGAUCGGAUCCCACGUAGAGCCAAGCUUUAACCAGGAGGACAUUUAUAUCACCGCAGAAAGCCUUACCACUACUGCUGGGAGGUCUGGGACAGCAGAACGCGCUCCAGAUUCUGAGAUGCCUGUCCCAGACUAUACCUCCAUUCAUAUAGUACAGUGUCCACAGGGCCUCAUACUCAACGCGACUGCCUUGCCCUUGCCUAACAAAGAGUUUCUCUCAUCGUGUGGCUAUGUGAGCACAGACCAACUGAACAAACUCAUGCCAUAGCCUCUCUUUGAUUUCCUAAGAGCUACGUAUUUAAUGGCAAAGAAUUGGCUAGGGUAUGAAUGCUUAAACCAAAUCAAUGUUUAAACCCUUUUGGGGGUUGCAGGAUGGGAGGGUGAGGUGUGGAUUCUAAAUGCCUUUUCCUGAAAUAUUGAAACAUGAUAUUAAAAAGAAAAAAUAAGAAGAAUGCUUAAUUGGAUAGAUAUUACUAUUAUGAAUUGUAAAUAUUUUAAAUAAUUGUCUCAAAGACUGUUUAGUGGCAGUGAUUGUCUUGUUAUUGUGGGUGUUAAUUUUGUGAUACUAAGCAUUGAAUGGCUGUGUUUUUAAUGUAUAGUAAAUCAUGCUUUUUGAAAAAGCAAAAAAUCAGGUGGCUUUUGCAAUUCAGGAAAAAUGAAUGCAAAUCAUAGCACAGGCUAAUUUUUUUCUUUUUUAAAUAAUUGGAAACUAAAACUAUAGGUAAGAAGGCAAAAAUAGUUUGAAUAUUUAAAACAUUUAUUUUGACAUGAAAUUGAUAAAGAUAUUUUUAAUAAUUUAGAUUUCAAGCAUGGCUAUUUUAUAUUACACUAAACACUGUGUACUGUAGUUCAUGAUUACCUAUCUAAGGAAUGUAACAACUACAGUCUAAAGCUGGUUUAAUGUUUUUGUCAAUGAACCAAAAAAAAACCAAUAUAAGUUAGUUUUUUACAAGGCCUUUUAUACCUCUCCAAACUCCUUAAACAAUUCUAAAAUGCUGUAGCAACCUGCAUUAUUGGAACAUACUUAUUUUAUCUGAAUUUUUAAACAGAUAUUUGUUAAUUUAGAAAACCUUAAAAUAUUUGCACAGAUCAACUGACCAUGAACCAAAAACAGCAAAAGCAAAAAAAAAAAACUUUCUUCAACAAAUUUUGGUUCAUGCCAAAGAGCUAUAUGCUAAGAGAAGUAGAAGUUAUAGCUGGUUCAUCUUGACCAGGAUGCUAAAGUGUUGCAGUUGCUCGUGGAGCAAGUUUUUUAGUGUGCACAGAUGAUAAGAAACUCUAUAACCUAUAAAUACAGUGGAAUUUCUACAAACCCAACUGGGUUUUAUUUCAUAGUUACCUAAGAAGGGAAUAAGGUACAAGAAGUAUUUUGUAAGUUGAAGCAGGUUGAAUGAAGUUAACCAGGUAAUGGAAGGAAGAGCUCAA